AUGUCUUUGAAGCCGACCAAAAUCCUUGUUAGCGGAGACGUCAACGGUUGUUUCGAGCAACUAAUUAAACGGGUUUCUGCUGUUAAUGAAAAGAAUGGGCCAUUUGAUAUGCUUUUAUGUGUUGGCGAGUUUUUUGGACCUGCGGACGAAGAGAACGAGAAAGUUGUUAAUGGUGAUACUGAGUUCCCAAUCACUACAUAUAUACUUGGUCCUUGCUGUCCAUCGACAUCAAAGUAUUAUCCCGAUGAAAGUACCGAAUUCUCAACCAGUUUGACUUAUCUAGGGAAAAGAGGGGUAUUGAAUACCACUGCUGGUCUGCAAAUUGCGUUUUUAAGUGGAAUUGAAAGUUCUCAGGCAAAUCCAUUCCAAGUAAUAAGUUUGAAUUACUCUGCAGGUUCUGUUGAGGAGUUGUUGACGCCUGUAAAAAUGCAAUCUGGAUUUUUGGGAGUUGAUAUACUGCUCACUUCUAUGUGGCCGGCUGAGGUUUCGAAACAUUCGCCAAACCAACCAACGAGAAACAUUGAGGGGAGCAGAUUGAUUUCAAAACUUGCAGCUGGGUUAAAGCCACGAUAUCAUUUUGCUGGACUUGGGUCACACUAUGAGAGAGCACCUUAUCGAAACCACCGUACUUUAUUAGAAGCGGCACAACACACAACUCGCUUUAUAGGACUUGCUCCAGUUGCAAACAAAGAAAAAAUGAAAUGGCUCUACGCAUUUUCGCUGAUUCCAGCAAGAAAAAUGAACAGAGAUGUUCUGGUGCAGCAGCCUCCUAACGCAUCGGAAUUUCCGUAUAUGACGCUUUUGGCUGACAUCAUUUUAGAGAACAGAGCAAACCAAGCAACAGUUGAAGGAGCCAGUAAGUCGCAGUAUUUUUAUGAUAUGACUGAACAUAAAGACGAUGAGGCUCAAGGCAGAAACAAAAGGCGGUACGACAGUGAUUCGGGAGGCCCACCCUCGCGGCAACAGCGUGUGCAACAACCAUGUUGGUUUUGUCUCUCAAAUAUAGAUGCAGAAAAGUACUUGGUUGUUACUGUUGGUACAACUUGUUAUUCGGCUAUGCCGAAAGGUCCACUGACCGAUGACCAUAUAAUGGUACUUCCGAUAAGUCAUGUUCAGUCACUUGCAGCUUCUUCAGAAGAAAUCCGUGAGGAAAUACAGAAGUUUAAAAAUGCUUUUAACUUAAUGUUCGCGCAACGUGGUAAAGUGCCAGUUAUUUUUGAGCGCAAUUUCAAAUCACGUCACAUGCAGUUACAAAUUGUUCCUGUUCCAAAGUCGUGCACGAAGAUUCUAAAAAGUACUUUUGUAAAUGCUGCACAGCUACGAAACGUUGAUAUUGCUUUUAUGGAAGCUGGACAAGAAACUGAUUCGCCAUACGUGUUUAAGAUUUGGGAUAUUGUGAAUGAAGGUUGCCCGUACUUUUAUUUGGAACUACCAGAUGGUUCUCGUCUUUUUACGCUAAAGAUGCAUAAUUUUCCUAUCCAGUUUGCUCGCGAGGUGCUUGCUGGUCGUGCGAUUUUGAACUGUGAGAGGAAAAUUGACUGGCGGUCUUGUGAACUUGAAAAGAGUGUUCAAUUGAAAUUAGUGAAGAAGUUACAGAAAGACUUCGAGGAGUUCGACUUUACUGAGGGCUCUGACGAAAACAGUGAUUAA